UCCCUCUCCCUCAGUCUGCAAGAUUGGAAUCAAUCCUCCCACCAUUUUCGCAUCUCUCGCUCUCUCUAUCUCUCUCUGUUCCUUCAUCAGUUCUUGUUGAUUCUUGCACAAAUCCUUGUGUUUUUUUUAAAUUUUUUGGGGGUGCUGAGCAUUUGGCGAUGAUUCGCAUUUCCGAUUUCCUCGAUCUGAUUUUAUGCCUCGUGAUAGUAACCGCAGCUGUGGUGUACGUCUACACUGAUCUGUCAUAAAGCUCAUUAAGUUACGAGACUAAUUCGUUCCCCGCACGUUACAGCAACAUUCAUUCUCCUCCUCUUACGAUUAGUACGUGUGUCGGGCAAGAACCACACAGAUACAGAUCCUCAUAUUCUUCCUCCUUAUUUAUAUCUAACGAUUGAUUUUCAUUCCAUUCGCCCCCCAUCGAAACUGUAAAUAAUUAAUACCCUUGUUCUUAAUUUUGCUUACUGGUUACAUUCGGGAGCAGUUUCUUCUUGCUUUCUUGAGGCGGCAUCUCUUGCGUUGAAAGAAAAGUUCGUCUUUGAAUCAAACCCACAGUAAAGAAACCUGCUUUUUCCCAUCGGAAUAAACAAAACUUGGUGUGACCCAACUCUUCUUUUUUGUGUCUAGCAAACAGUUUCUUCAAGGUAGCUGAGAAGCCACUUGAAUAAAAAGGGCGAAAAAAGAACAGUUUAAGAAAAACCUGCAAGGCUUUUUCUCUUUCCAUCUCUCUCUCUCUCUCUCUCUCAGUGUGUGCGGAAAGAAUGAAGAGUCAACAGAACCAAAAUCUGCCGAUUCCGAUUUUCAAGCCCUUCUAUUCACUCCUCCAAUUCACCAACGUCCUCUCCUGCAUCAUCAUCUUCGGGUGCGGCCUAACCCUAGGAAUAGUCCUCAGUUUCCACCUCAAGAACCUGUCCUUCAACCUCGACUUCACCCAGCUCCGCCUUUCGCCGAUGACGACGCAGCCGCAGCCGCCGGCUGCCCGCCACGUGGGGCUAGCGGAGUACCUGAAGCCGGCGCCGAUCGCGCACGACAUGGAGGACGAGGAGCUGCUGUGGCGGGCGUCGAUGAGCCCGCGGAUCCCCGAGUACCCGUUCGAGAGGACGCCCAAGGUCGCGUUCCUGUUCUUAACCAAGGGUCCUGUUGCAUUGGCUCCUCUGUGGGACAAGUUCUUCAAAGGGCACGAGGGGCUGUACUCGGUUUACGUGCACUCGAACCCGCCGUGGAACGAGACGGAGCCGGAAGACUCGGUGUUUCACGGCAGAAGAAUUCCCAGCAAGGAAGUCGCGUGGGGAAAGGUCAACAUGAUCGAGGCCGAGCGGCGCCUCCUCGCCAACGCCCUCCUUGACGUCGCGAACGAGCGCUUCAUCCUGCUCUCCGAGACGUGCAUCCCGCUCUUCAACUUCUCCACCAUCUACUCCUAUCUCGUCAACUCCACCCAGACCUUUGUCGAGGUCUACGACCUGCUGGGCCCCGUCGGCCGCGGCCGGUACAGCUUUGCGAUGUCCCCACGCAUCGCGAUGCACGACUGGCGCAAGGGGUCGCAGUGGUUCGAGAUGGACCGGAGGCUCGCCGUCGAGGUGGUGGCCGACCGUACUUACUUCCCUCUGUUCCAGAAGCACUGCAAGCGCGCCUGCUACGCCGACGAGCACUACCUGCCGACCCUCAUGAACAUGAAGUUCGGGGCAAGCAACGCGAACCGGACGUUGACCUACGUCGACUGGUCGAAGGGUGGGCCGCACCCGAACCGGUUCGUGAGGAACGAGAUCACGGUGGAGUUCCUGGAGAGGCUGAGGGAUGGUAACGGGAGGCGGUGCGAGUACAACGGGGAGGUGACGAGCGUGUGCUUCUUGUUCGCGAGGAAGUUCUUGCCCAGCUCUCUUGACCGGUUGCUGAGGUUUGCACCCAAGGUCAUGCACUUCAAUAGGUAGAUCAUCUCCCAAGAAAAUAACAAAAAAGGAGCGAAAGAAUCAUUCAUUAUUCGUUCAAUAUUCUUUUUUUUUUCCCGGCAAUGAUCAAUAGGGCAAAGGAUCUAGCCUAGUUGACCUUUCCAAAAGUUUACUCUUUUUUUUUUUUUUUUUUUACUAUAAUUU